UUGUCGAGGUACAGCUUCAUCGUCCAUCUGCUUCUUUUGUAUCUCACAAUUACGGUGCAAUUGAAAUAUUACAAAGAAAUUUGCAUUAAAAAUCUAAUGGUAACUUUAAACUUAGAGCUCAUGAAUAUGACUUUUAAUGCAACAGGGAUACAUUGAUCAGUGUAUCAGUAUGCAAAUGUGUAGCUAUUAAUUAUUAAUUUAAAAGUAAAAUGAAUGAAUUAUAAAUUUUAAAAUUAUUUAUUAUUAAGUAUUACAAUACAUGAUGACUGAGCAUGAUGAUGAUCAAUAAUAGGCUUAGGCAGGCAGGGCAGUAACUUUAAAGUUAACCCGAAAGCUAAACCUAAGUUACUAAGCUAGUCAAACUUUAACUUUAAGUAAGACAUGAGUGGCUGGUUUUGAGUAGCCUACUUAAUUUUUCGUUAAAUUUAAGUCAUGCCGUGGUCGUGGUCAAAUUAGACAUCCAUCAGCGAAAAAAUUAAAAUAUGAACUUGUCCAACUCACUGUCAUACUCAUCACACUGUAAUUCAGUUUAUGACAUACUACAAUGGUCACUGUGACUGAGUGUGAGUCACAGUCUUAACUAAUCUUAACUGACUCAAUCACAAUACUGACAAUAUUGGAUACGGUACUUGUCGAAGCAAGGGACACUCCCAGAAAAUUUGUAUCGGAAAUGGGCGUCGGCGCAAUAGAAUCCGAGUUUUUAAUUUUUUUAUAUGCAUGUAAUUUUAAUAUUACAGGAGUCCUUUUGGUCCAUAAUUAAGGUCUGACUCCGCCCAUUCACAUUAGGCAGGAGAAAUGUUGAUCUACAUUCCCAUAAAGUUUUUUUGUUCUUUAUAUCAUGUUUAAGUUUAAGUGAGGAAAAUCGUAUGUCAAUAUAAGGCAUCUUUCUCUCAAAAAUGUUUAAAGAAAUUUAAAGAUGAUGUCUUUCAUAUUAAAUUCUGAUAAACACCAGAUAUUGAUGUGCAAGUAUACAAAUUCUCAUUGAUGUGCAAGUAUGCAAAUUCUCAUUGAUGUAGGUCAUGUCCAACGUUCGCUACGCAUGUCCAAGUAACCUGCAUUACCAUAAGGUCGCUCAGUCUAAUUUCGACAUGGCGUGGGCCCCGCCCCCCCCCCCCCUUUUUAAUGGUGAAAGUUGUCGAUGCUUAGGAAAUAUUUAAUUAUUACCACUAUAUUCAUCAAAAUAUUUUAUAUACCAUAAGGUCGCUCAGUCUAAUUUCGACAUGGCGUGGGCCCCCCCCCCCCCCCCCCUUUUUAAUGGUGAAAGUUGUCGAUGCUUAGGAAAUAUUUAAUUAUUACCACUAUAUUCAUCAAAAUAUUUUAUAACUUGUGUUUCAGAAUGCAUUUUGAAGACAUUUAAACGGGAAAGUUUUAAUUUGAGCUUUAAAAACCCUGUAGAGUCCAUAUUAUAAAUGAUCAGAAUUUUCCCUGUGCAACACGUUGUCAUUGGCAACCAUUCACAGCUACUUGCAUAACGGCUUUACUCAGAGUUUCAUUCAUAAGAGUUUGCCGUGUGCAAAAACUAUUAAACCAUUGGUCAGGGAAAGCUUUAAUUAAUUGUUCAUGUGCCAAAGUUGAAAGUCUAAAAUCAGUCGACCCUAUUUUAACAGUACUUUAGUGAUAGGGGAUGCGUUGCCUUAUAUAAACUAUAUAGUCAUUGCGCAUGACACGAUCAGCGGAAUGAGGUCACAGAAUGUGGAGUUGGAGUCCAUGUUAAAAAAGGACAAACCAAGUCGUACUUUAAAAAUUCAUAACUUUAAAACUACAACAACUAAAAUUACGAUUUUGGUGUUUUAAUUCGGUAAAAAAUUAGCUCUAUUCAACUAUGCCAUUUUAUUUUUACAAAAUGUUAAAAAUUUUUUUUACCAAAGUAGCUAGACAAUAUUGUCAAUAUCAAUAGGGAAUGUGAGUUGGCAGGGCCUUGCAGAGGAAAAGCUUCACCUGGGACAGUUCCUAUUCCUGUCUCAUCAAUAAAUGUUAUGACAUUGAAUAGGCACUUCAAAAAAAAAAGUCACUCGCGCACACCUUCUGCGCAUGUCGAAAAAUCAGGGAAAAACUUUUGUGGCCAUUUUCGCAUUUAACCAUUGAAAAUUGGCUCUGUGGUUUACUCGGAUUUUUGGGUUCUGCGUCACAGCUUUCGAUUACAUUAAAUAUUUGUCUUACGGUGAAGCUCAUAAAAUUUUCCCAACGAGGGGAACGUUUUUUUUUCUGUGUCACUUUUUUAAUAUACUAUCGGUAAGCUAUAAAUCUCUUAAAUACUUCUUUGGAGCAUUCAUACAUGAUUGAAACUGAAAAGCUCAACUAAUUUGGAUUGCUACUAAUAACUUUGAAAAAAUAAAUUUACCAUGUUCCAUUCAAUGUUAUUGCUUUCCACAUGUAAGAUCAACCCUCAUCACCAGAAAGAAAAAAAAAACAUCUGAAUAAAUCUAAGUAAAUUAGUAAAAGUUAGUUUAAAAAAUCAUAGAAAUGGAUAAGAUGAUACAAAUAAAUGGAAAUUAUGAAUAUUAAGUUGAUGGGAACUUGCAUUUUAAUUUAAAUAAUAAAAUUCCGAGAACUACCGGCACCAGUAUUAGGUCUAAGUCUAAUUGCUAAAUUAAGCUUAAUGCAUAAUGAACUAACACUAUUCUAUUACUACAAAUGCACUUAAAGGCCAAAUUUAAAUAGUAUUUUUAAAUUAAAUAAUUAUAAGGUAUUUAAUCAUAAAUUAGUACUUAAAAAUAAUUUAAGACAGAGAAUUAGAAAACAAAUGUCUCAUUAUAAUUAAUAAUAAUAAUAAAUUAAAAAAGAAAUUAGUUCUAAUUAGGCAGUGUCUACACCUCUGGCGCGCCGGAUGUAUAUCUCCCGCACUAUUUGUCCAGUGACCAAGUCACAUGACCGCCGGAAGAAUACUUUAUUGAGAUAUUUGUCCGGGUACCAAGUCACAUGACCGCCGUAACAAAGUAAUAGUGAGGGUGAUAAGUAAUUAAGUUUAAGGCGGGGAGGCUGACAGUUCACAAAGAAAUAAACCCUACAUCUUAAUAUAGGGCUGAUAUAGUGAUAGCUUAGCCUACUUCUCAUGCAAUACUAAAUACUAAUCCUGAAAUACAACUUUAUUGGCAUAGGUCUUAUUUUAUUUGGUUCAUAUUUUAAAUUUAGGCUUCAAGGUAGAGCACUACAAGAUGAUUAACCAAGAUAUGGGACUUUUUUCUUUGAAGAGUCGGAAUCAAAUAAAGUCUAGUAAUAGUAGUAGUAAUAGUAGGCCUACUACUAGUAAGUAUAUAUACCGACUGGUUUAAUAUUCAAAGUCAAACACUUUAUGUAUCUCAGAGCAUUUGAAUAUAUUAACAUGUUCAGCAUUUUUUUAUUAUCUAGAGAUCGGCUUACUAAUAUAUGUGCACAAUAUUGGAAUAUCAAAUGCAAUGCAACUAUUAUGACGGUGACCACUUGUCACAUGACCUGCCAGAAUAAUAACGCUUACUGGUUGUCCGGCGGUCAAGUGACAUGCCUGCCAGACGUAUAUCUCCCGCACUAUCUGGACGUGUAGACACUUCGUUUUAAUUAACAAAAAAUUUGAAUAAUAUUAAAAGGAAUUAAUAAAUUGUGUAGUUUAGAUUGAGGAUUAUGAUUGAAUAUGAUAAGAUGUUUUUCUAGGCUUAUUUCAGAAACUAGAGAAAAUUUUCUAUUGCACGACUCAGUGGAAUAAUUCCUUCCAAGGAGGCACGUUUGAAUGUAGAUAAAAAAGGAUUUUGAAGAAAUUUUAUUUGUAAUUACAUGCAUUCAAUUUUAUAGAAAAAAGACUACUUACCUUUUUAUAAGUAUAAGUAUAAUAAUUAAUUUAAAAUUUAACAGAAGCAUAUAAUUAGCUCAAAUUCAGUACCGAUACACAAGAUUUCUUUUUUCUUUAUCAGUAAAGAUUUUUCCAAUUUUUCUGUUCACAUUUUUCUUAACAUACCCUCAAAAAAUUUUGUUCAAAAUACAAAUUCCUGAUGUUAUUUAAAAGUUUUGUUGUUCUUUGUGGUUUAUAUUGCACUGAGAAUGUCUUCUGAAAAUAUGGUAGCAUUAUCUUUUAAAAUAAAAAAUUUGUGAACUGUUGUGGGCCAAAUGAGGCAGAAACUUGGAAAGUGGGUCACACGUUUUCACAGUUAAAUACAAAGAUAAAUAAGGGGGUAUAAAUAUAUAAAUAUAAUUACAAUAUUUGCACAUGUCUAAUUAAUUAAAGCUUUCCCUGACCAAUGAUUUAAAAUCUUUUGCACACUGCAAAAUCUCUUAUGAAUGAACCUAUGAGAAAAAUACUUUGGUUGAUAAGUACAUCCAAGUUACUGUGAAUGGUUGCCCAUGACAAUGGUUUGCACAGAGCAAAUUAUAAUAUGGACUCUUACCAGGUUUUUGAACCUCAAAUUAGAAUACUCUUUUUUUUUUUUUAUUUGCCUCCCGAGUUCACUCUUAAACAUAAGUUAUCCAGAUAUUUUAAUGUAAAUAGGGGUAACUAAGUGGACAGCAUGAUUGAUGCCUCUUGAAGUGUGGGGCUCAGGGGAACUGACCAGAUGGCACUGUCUGUUUCUCCACUGCCACCACUCAUAUCAGUCAUUGACUUUUAAUUGUGUAUAUUGCCAGAUUGAUUUCCAUUUGCUAUGUCCUAAAAUGCUAUGUUAAUAUAAUUAAGUUAAACUUCAACUGGACUUAUCAAUAGUUUUUUCAAAUAUAUUUUUAGAAUAGAAUGAUGCGUCGCCCACCUAGGCCACCAAUGGGUCCUCCAGGAAUGGGACCACCAGGAAUGGGUCCUCUUCGACCUCCAAGAGGUCCACCUCCACAUUUAGGUCCAAGAGGUCCUCCGAUGCCAGGUAUGGGAAUGCCCCCUAUGCCAGGAAUGGGGCCUCCCCCAUCUGGUCCUGGAGGAAUGGUUAGCAGCUGCACUAAUUCAAAUGACCCAGCAUCUAUGGAUUCAAGACUCUUUGUGGGCAAUCUCAAUACUAUUGUCCUUAAUAAAGAAGCAAUUGAAGGUAUCUUUAGUCGCUAUGGAAUGAUUAUGGGAAUUUCCAUGCAUAAAGGCUAUGCUUUUGUACAAUUCAGUCACCCUGAUGAAGCCAGGCGAGCAGGUGCCAGUGAGGAUGGAAAACAUUAUGCAGGGCAGGCUAUAGGUAUGUAAUAUGAAAUCUUUGUUGUCAAUCAUUUUAAUUGAUUUUCAGCACUUUUUCAAAUUUUGUCAUAAUCUGCAAUACAUAUAUAUAUAGACUAGUCAUUGCACAGGUAAGUUUUGAAAUCUUUUGUGUACAUUUUUCUUAACCUUUUUAUUACACAUUAUUUUCAGGAAAUUUUUUAAAAUAAUAUAAUAAAAUUGUCUGUCAUUGUAAGAUGAAGUUGGCAUAGUUUCACUUGAGGUCUAAGUGAAUUAAAUAAAUUAAAAACCAUUUAAUGUUUACUAACAAAUAAAUGUUAUAAUGUACUCACAUGUUUAAUUUGUAAAACAAGUUAGCUAUAGCAAUCAUUUAUUUUUUUAAUUUGAGUUUUUUUUAUCCCUAUAUAAUUUUAUUUCAUUAACAAUCUGCAUAGAAAAAAAGGGGCAUAUUCAAAACAAGCAUGACUUAUAAAUGACUGAUUUUUCUUGUUCUCAUUUGGCUGACAAUUCUGAUCAAAAUUUAACAAAUGGAGGCUGAAAUUUAUUAUCUAUUAUUACAAUAUUUAUAAGAUGAAAAAAGGUGCAAACUUAAUUAUUUAUUCCAAAAAAAACCCAGUAUAUACUUAAAAAUGUAUAAAUUAUGAAAGUGAUGUUUUACCCGUAAAUAAAAUUUGUAGUUUGACUUAAGUUACCAUUUCAUUAAAAUCACAUGCAAAUUAUUUUUGAUGAGUUGGUAUUGGUUCUGAUGUACAUGUAAUUCUGUAAAUUAGCUAUCGGGUCAUGCUGGUGUGAUAUAGCUAAUAAAAUCUAAUGGAAGCUACUUUUAUGAAGUGAAAAAAGAGUAAUAAGAAAUGUUAUAAUAAAUGAAGAAGAAGAAAAUUACCAUAUAAUCAUCAUAUAGUAAUUGAUAUUUAAUUUAAUUGAUUUUUGGAAUUUAGACUUCACUCCAGCAAAACUAUUGAAACUAUGUCUGCAUUGUAAAGUCUGAACAAAAGUGCAAUUUGGGCUUAAUAUUAAAAUUUAUAUGUAUUACCUGCAUAGGCACUGAGCUUGUCCAUCAUUUUAAUUUUUCACUUUUCUUUUGUACAGCUAUCAUAUAUCAAGCAUUGAACAUAGUUAUUAAUUUAAAUUUAUAGGGAUUAGUGAGCUUUAAUUCUACUGAAAUUCUAUACCCCAAAAUAAUCUAAAUAUUGCGUCUCAUAUGUUUUGUUUUUAGAAAAUUAGAAAUUAAGUCACUUUGUGGCUUUUCACUUUUACAAGUUUUACACCCAUUUUUAAAAUGAUACUUAAAAAAUAUUGAAUACAUCAUUUAUUUUUGCGUCUUUCAAUAAUGUAUAUGCGUUUGUAUUUGAAACUGAUAAUAUUUUCUUAUGAAAAUUAUUUAAAUAUGCAUUUCAAGUAUUAACAAAAACUAAUUUUGUAAUAUUACAUAAAUCAGAAUGUUAUAUCUUAAUUUUUUUUCUUCAUCUAAGCAGCAUUUUAUCGUCAACUUCCCUAAAAAAAAAAGCUUUUAAGUGAAACCAACUUAACCGAUAACAACUGCAUUGAUUGCCCUAAAAAUUUAAAAAAAAUUAUAUGACCUAUUGAUUUUUUUUUCAAAGUAGUUCUUUGUAACAUUAAUUUUAAGAUUAGAUUCUUUUAUUGAUCCAAAUAAAUGGAAAUAUGUUAUUAUUAAAUUGUACAUUUUCAUUAACAGUAUAUUGAUAAAGAUUAUGAUUGAGAUUUUUUAAACAAACAAUUACACAUAAGACAUUUAAAGUAUUUCUCAAGCACAAAAAUCAGCCUUCAUAUAACAUCAAGCCCCCAUUCCUUAAGAGAAAAAUGGACUUUAAGAGUGAUUGAUUUUAUAACAUUCAGGGAAGCAUGCUAGCUAAUUUUGACAUUGAGGAACAAAUGAUUUUCUAUAUCUUUCGUUCCUUACUUUUAGGGCAAUAAUUCACCCCUAUCCAGCUGAUCAUAAGUAACUGAUGAAGUGGGUGGGAUGUAUCCUUCAAAAUUUGUGUGAUAUCACUUGCUUUCUUUAUAAUUCUAUUUAAUCAGUGUGUUAAAGCAAAAACUGUAUACUUUUUUAAGAUAGAAAAGUCUUCAAUUUACUUUUUUUUUUAUAGAAUUAGGCUGUGGUCAUGCCUUGACAGCUUAUUUUUAAUUGGGUGAUUCCCCCUUCCAGAAAUCGACAACCAUUUCUUUGGUAUCUGAUACAUUCAAAGAAAACAAUUCUCAUCACUCCAAGGAAUAAAGCUUAUAAAUAAGUUGCUGUAUUAGCUUUCCUCUUCAGAUAAGCUAACAAUGGUGGUAUCAUCAACAAAUUAAAUGAUUGGAAUGGUGUUGCAUGGGUUCUGGAUUCAUUUGUACAUAUUGUAUUAAGGUCUUGGAGAACACAACCUUGUGGCGCCUGGUACUUAUUUCUCUAGUAAAUGAUAUUUAGCCAUUCACCUUCAUAUAUUGUUGGUGAUUUAUUAAAAAGAAAUCAGAAAUUUGAAUUUACAGUUGAUGAAGAAAGCUUUUUAAGCAUGAGGAGUUGCUAGAUAGUGUUAAAUGAUGAUGGAAAGCCUGAAAAGAGCUACCUAGCAUAUUUUUUAAGGCUGUUUAGGGGAUGGUAUUGUUAUUCUUCAUUUUAAAUUGUUGUACUGGAGAUCCCAUUGAUUAAAAACAUUUGAAGAGUUGUCUUUCAUGUGAAACAUUAUCUAAACAUCAAUUUGUAAAUGUUUUUCAAACAAUUUAAUAGGUCUUGUGCAAAAAUUCAGGUCCACAAUAUCUUUUCAUAUUAAAAAAAAAAUAUUUCUUAUAAACAAUUGUAUUAUUAUCUCCAUUCUUAUUUUGUAACUCCAUUUUUUUAAUAAUACAAAUGUUAUAUGCUGUAGCAAAAAGCUAUAACAUGCAUAUAUGUGGAUUAUUCUAAAAACAUCUGCAGUUUGUGGCAGUACCUUGAUUAUAACAGUAAAAUCAUAAUUCACCUGAACCUACUCAUUCAAAAUAACUACCAACCCUUUUUUCCUUGUCUGUUCUCUGAUUAUCAUUGAUCCAUUGUAAUGGUCAUUUAUAAUUAGAUUGGCUGAUAGUGAUAUUAAUAAAACUGUAUUUUUUAAUUUUUACACAAUUGUAUGAUUCCCUAAAAGGGUCAAACUUGACAUUGAAUCCUUAAAAAAUUUAAGUACAUCUGCAAGGUGUUAUUUUAACCCAAAAAAUCCCAUUGACAAGCUUUUCAUUUUUGUUUUUAUAUUUUAAAUGUAAAAAAAGUUAAAUAAAUUAACUUUUAUUAAAAGUUACUCUUCCACUAAUCCUUACAAUACCUCCAAAGAAGUGGAUUCUUCUAUUUCGAGGACAUUUAUUUUAGGUUAGUUGUAUUAAAUAUUUUUUGCGUGAGUUUCUAAUUAAUCAUUUGAAUAAAUUAUCAGUUAAGUUGACUUUAUUCUUCCAAUAAUAUUGAAUACAUUAUGUAAGAAGCAUACUAAUGUAUACUAAAUAAAUGUUUUAGGCAUUUAUUUACAAUAAAAUAAUUCAGAAUUAAGUACCUUGUCAAAAUAUUAUUUAUACAUAUUUUUUUCUCCAAGAAGUGUUAUGUACACAGACAAAAUUAUGUUAAUUUAUUUUAAGCAUAAUUUUUAUGAAUGUACACAAAGAGCUUCUAAGUUAUUUUUCAUUAAAAAAAAUUUUUUUAAAAUAAUGAAAUAACCAGUAUCUACAAUGUUGGCAUUGGCGCUAAUUUAAUAUUGCUGUUUCUUCCAUGUCUUGAUUUUACUUGACAGGUACGGUAACACAAAUCGGUUGACAAUCCCUCACUUAAACCAGAAGAGAAUUAAGCAUCAAGGUCUUAUUUUCAUGCUUACCUGGACAUUUUUGUGUGAACUAAUGUAUUAAUUUUUAACAGAUCAGAAGCUGAAUUGGCAUUGAAUUCUGCAAUACUACUUUUCUAUUUUCUAAGAACUAUUUAAGGCUAGAUGAAAAAAAGAAAAUGCUAGCUUUUGCCAGUCCAUAUUAUCAGUGAAAAAUGUUAACUUUUAAACUAAGUUUUAUACAAACAUCUUAUUAAUAAUAAAUAAAAUAUGUGAAGUUAGUCUAUCUUUUUUAUAGCCACUUUAUAUGGUAACAAGAUUGCAGUUUAUAUUUAAAUUGAAUAGAGAAUUAUAGGGACUUAUUUUCUGCCUGAAACUAUUGUUAUGGGGAAUUUUUUUAAAACGGGGAAAACCAAUAAAUAUUAAUGUUUCUUACAUUUGAUUUUAUUUGAAUUACCGGUAAAUCACAGAAAUGGAGCAAAGUUAUAGGGAAACUAAUUUACAAAUAUUACAAAUUAUUUUGAUGACUGGUAAGGUCUUCCACUUCAUUUAUAGCAUGAUUUAAUUUUAUUAGUUGCUAUUAAAAUUGGAGACACGAAAAUGAUAGGAUUUGAUCAACUGGAAUUCUAAAUAGUGACUUGAGUUAUUUAAAAAAAAAAAACAGCUUCUACUGUAUACAGCUAUUUUAUCAAUUUUAUUAUCCUCAAAGUCACAAUUUUUUAAAACAAACUUUUUAUAUAAACAUAUAAGCUCUUAUUAUUAUGCUUCAACAUCUCCAUAUUUUUUUUAAAAAAUACAUUUUUCAAGAAAGGAAAAAAAAGAAGGAAAAGUAUUUUUUAUUUCAGUUGGUAACAUUUUUAUUUUGUUUCAGUAUCCAUAGCUGAAGUUUUCAUCAUUGGAAGACUUUUGAACAAUCUGUUGGCAUCGGAUUAAAUAUAAUUUUUUAAAAGCGGCAUUAAAAAUAUACUUUGUUUUAUAAUUAAUUUUUCCUAUUUUUUAGUUUGUUUUAUGUGAGAUCAAAUUUAAUUUAAAGGAAUGCAUGCAAUAAGAUACAUUUUAAGCAUUUUUAUGGAAUAAUUUUAUAGUCCAUUCUCUUUUUAAUUGUUUUUUCUUAUAAAUGAUAAAAACAAUUAUGGCAAGCUUAAAAUAAAUUGAUUAUGGUACAUUCCUUUGCAUUGAAAAGUAAAAUAAAAUAGCCAUAUUUUAUUACCCAAAUAACAUUGGAGGAACAUCUUCACUUUUAAAUUUUUUACUCUUCUGAGACACUCUUUAAAGGAAAAAGUAUUUUUUGUGAGGCAAUUUUUUUGGGGUAGAUAUUUUUUCUAUUGGUCACCAAUUUUUUUCCCCAUUAUAGAUAUCAAUAUAGUGUCUCAGCCAAAAAACAGAAAUGCGCUGAAGCGCUCUGCUGGUGGAAGAACUGUUAAUGAUACGUAAGUAAUACAAUUAUGUAUUUUAUAUGGUUAGAAAUCAUCAAAGCCAACAGAUUUAUGAAAAUAGUAUUUUUUACUUUUUUUAGAAAAGAUUCUACAUAUUUUUUAAAUCGAAAAAAUUUUUUUUUUUAUUAUAUUAAAAUUUUAUUCCAAGAAGUUUUUUUUUCCUUUAGCCAUGAGGGUCAAAAAAAAAAAAAAAAAAAUUUUAUUCCAAGAAGUUUUUUUUUCCUUUAGCAAUGAGGGUAAAAAAAAAAAAAAACAGAGACAAGGAGAAUUUUAAAGGAUUUUAUGUCAUUCCACUGAUAUUUUAAAAACAAUAUUUUAUACAUGUAAUUAUAUAGUAUUUUACUAGUUUUAACAAAUCAUCAUAUUCACUUGGCAAGUAUGUCUUUUGUGGGAGUUCAAUGGGUAAGUUGAAGAUAAUUUGCUGAAGUUUUUAUAUUGUAUACCAUAUGAAUUAUAUUGUGGUAGAAACAAAGGCCAAUUAUUUAACUUAUUUUUAAUUAUUUUUUUUGUGGCAGCUUAACAUUUGUAACUGAUCUGUUUAAACUGGGACUCUAUAUGAAGUUUUAGAACAUUGUUGUUUGCAUUUAGUUCAAUCCCUUUUUUUAAAAGCUAAGAACUAAUUGGCAAUAACAAGGGUGGAUUAUAAACCACACAUUUUCAUUAGAGGUAUUAAAAGAUUUUACACCUGAAAAGUUAUUUAUAGAAAAAAAGAAUAUCUCUAGAAAUAAUUUCUGAAACUAUAAAGAUUUUUUUAGGAACGAAAUUAGAUUUGUAAUCAAAGCUGAUAUGAUCACGUUAAAUAAAUAUUAACAUUGUAACAGUGGCUGAUUAUAGAAAAGAAUGUACUAAAUAAGAAAAAUGAAGCAGUGAGAGAUAGUUUUUCUUGUCCGAUUUUUAUUUUCAUGACAAUCUGUAAAAAAAUAGUAAUGUGUGUUGAAAACUUUUUAUCUCCUUAAUAAAAACAGAUUAUUUUUAGGUCACCAUCAAGAGUUUUCAACAUUCUUACAUUCUGUUUUAAGGCAUGUCUCAUAUUUUUAGCAGUACGUUUGAAUUUUUUUUUUUUUACCUGUAUUGAAGAUUAUUUUUUUAAUGGUCAAUAUGUACCCAUAUGACAAUGAUCUCAAAUAAUACAAAGGAUUUUCACAUAACUGGGACUAUUUUUUACCUGAUUUAGAUCAAAGGGAAACUGUUUUCAUGGUUAAGUUUUCCUUUUUCAAAGACAUUUGGCAUAACAUAGGUAAUAUAUUAGCCGCCCAUUGUACUCUAUUGAAAAGGUUAUACAUGUUUGUCAUUAGGUAACUAAACAAUUUUUAGUUUUGUGUGUAAAGAGGUAAGAUAGCUGGCAUGGUCUCUUAAUUCUAACAAAAAAUUAUAAAAACAAUAUUCCUCACUUUUCAAAUUAAGACAAAAUAUAAGAACACUAAUCAUAUCUGCUAUCCAUAUCUGUCUAUAAUAUCAAAUAUAAAACUUUAAAAAAAAUAUUUUUUUUAAAUAUUAUUAUGCAUAACACUAAAAAAUGGUUGGAAAAAAUCAGAAAUUUUAAAUGACAAAUUUGCGUAUGUUUUGAUUUAGCAAUACUAUUUUUGUUUUUAUUUAUACAAACUUUUGUUGUUUUUGUCUAUUAUUUUAUCACAAUUAAAAAUUUACUCUCAAACCUGCUCCAAGCUCUAAUGUAACAAAUACUGGCACCAUUAAUAUUUAAACUAAUUCUAAAUAAUUUAAAAAUGUAUUCACUUUUUCUGUUUGAUGCACAGUGCAUAAAACAAAAACACUUUCAUUAAAAAAGAUCUCUUGAUGUAAAUGUAGUUGUGAAAGUGCCAUCCAAAGUUGUAAAAGCCUUUCAUUUUUGCAGAUAUUUUUGAUGUAAUUUGGGCAAGCAUACACAUUAAAAAGAAUAUAAGUAGCAACAUUAUUUCAUGCAAUUUUAGAGGAUUUUUUGGUGGUUUGUAUAAUUUUAGUUGAGUUUGAAGUAACCAGAAGUGAAUUUGCAAUUUUAAGACAAAUAGGCAGGACGUGUUACUUCAAUGCUUGAAGGCCUUCAUCUGGUUAAACAGAGCUUAAAAUAAAACGAGGUAAUAUAUUGUUAAAAUGGGGGAGAACAUUGUGUUUUCACAUAUAACUACAUGUGUCACCCUGUCACCAUUUUUUCCAUGUCUAAUUUGUUAGUGAAAUUGGUUUCAGUUCAUCUAGAGAUUUCUUGGAUAACCAUCAUGUGGCUCAGUUAAAACAUGAGUAAGUGUGUGGUGUGUUAGGUUUUUGUGCUCAUAUAACAGUUUAAAUGAAAUGUUAAUUACUAUAGGGAGCCUCCAAGUGACUACUAUAUAUAUUUAUGUAACAGCUCUAAGCAAUUUGAGAGAGAACAAAGUUAAGCGCAACAAAAAGGCUUAAUUGUAAUAGGAUUAUUUUUAGGCGCUGAAUGUAAAGAGCCAUCUCAACUCUUGUGAGUUUUUCUCUCACUUUAGUUUUUGUAUCACUUUAGUUUAAAUUUAUUUUUUAAAGAUGUUGAUUUAAAAAAAGAAAGGCUAAGAUUCUUUACGCUUAAGAGGUAUUUUUGACUGUUUAGUUUUGUUUUAAAUGGGUGUCUCGAUAUUUAAUGGAAUUUGCAUUUGGUUAUGUAUGAAGUAAUCAUGGCCUUGAGACGGCCAGCCAGCAAGGAAUGGUAGGUACAAAUUGUUUGUUUAGUUCCAAUAACCUUGUGAACAUUCAAUGGGGAGCUUCAAGUGGAGAAGGUGAGGAUAAACUGUUCUACCAGCACCAAGCUGUGUGUUAUUUGUGACUAGCCAAAAAAAAACUGAUGCAACUUAUGGCCAAAAUUUUCCUCAUGUCUUCAGCAGUCCAGUGAAGAAGUCUCGCGUGGACAACCUCGGCACCAACCAGUCAUUGCAGCGAACAUUGGUCACACUCAGUGGGGCUACUGAUCUGACAAACAAAAGGGUGGGUGCUGUUAUCUAGUAGAUCACUCUUCGUUCUUGAACAGAUGUGCCUUAGUGAAACAUGAUUCAGUAACUCGGAGUUAACAUUUUUAAAAUCAAACCUCUGAAAUUAGUUUUAAAAUGUGUCCCAAAGAAACUUGUACAAAAUCACCUGCAACAAAAUAAAUACAUUAAAACAAAAUUAUGACAUGAAAAAGAUUUAUGACAUAAAAUUCUGGUUGGUUCUUCGUCAGUCGGUAGUCGACCAUAACCACUUUAAUCGUCUGAGUUUGUGCUAGUUCUGUCUGGGGGUGGGCAGAUGGCUAAUGAGGCCGAUUCUGGCACAAAAUUCUCUUGUGCAAUAGGUACAGGGGAUUGAUGGCGAAUCUUCGAGAGCAGAGUCAGACGGGGCCUUCCUGGCAUGUCUCUUGCGCUCAGCAGCGCUGUUCUGCCAACUUCAUGUUGCAUGGAGCUCCUGUGUAAAGUAGAACGCCAUGAAGUUCGAUCCUUUGCUUUUUCCUCCCACGUAUCUGGGUUUAUGUUGAAAAUUCUAAUGAUGUGAUAACCUGAUAAUACUAAAUUAAUGGUAUUAUUUUUUUAAUUUGAAAAUAAUAGUAAUAUGAAGCUAAUUAAGAAAUGAAAUGUCUGCAUUUGAAUCCAGAAUAGCUCAUUGGUUUAUAGGAUAAGUUUUUGCUUGGUGAUAAUUAUAGUAGUAUGUUGGGUUUUGGAUUGAUCGUUUCAUUAUUAUUUUCAGCUGGCGUGUCACAUGAAGCAAAGUUCUGUGCUCAAUGUUGCCCAAAAAUUGCACUACAUACAAUUUGCUUACUAAUGAUUAUUGGAUUCUUUUCAAAUGAUAAAUAUGUAUAUGUAUAAGUUUAUAGUUGUGCAUCUACCCUUCACAAAAAAUAUUUUAUCCCAAUAUAAAAAUAGGUAGCAGCCAAUAAUGCUGUCAAGCGUGCUCUGGCAACAGUAGCCAAGAAGACAGUGAACAAAUCUCCGGCAGUAACUCGACCUGCUGCACCAACAAAUAAGACAAACACUUCUAACAGGCCUUUGGAUAACGCCAAUAAACCAGUUGCUGUUAAAACUACUUGUAAGUAUCUUAAUUUUUUUAAUGUCUUGCGUUUAAUAUUUGUAUGUAGACUUCCUUUUGUUGACAAUUAAUUAUUCAAUUUCAUUUUUCUACUGUUAAAAAAAAAAUGUGAAUAUUAAUUUAAAAAAAAAAAAAAAAAAAAGUUAUAUUUUAUUAAAACUAUUUGUAAGUAUCUUAAUUUUUUUAAGGUCUUUCGUUUAAUAUUUGUAUGUAUACUUCCUUUUGUUGACAAUUAAUUAUUCAAUUUCAUUUUUCUACUGUUAAAAAAAAAAUGUGAAAAUUAAUUUAAAAAAAAAAAAAAAAAAAAGUUAUAUUUUGCUGAAAUUCAUGAUUUUGUUCCCAUCUGUAAUAAUGUGUUUUGUGAUGACUUUUCACUCCUGCUUAAUAAUUCUUAAUUUGAAUCAAUCUAGCUCUUGAUGUUGCCAUUCCAGGGCCAGAUGUUCUCAUCUGUGGUGUGUGUAAGCUUCAGUUCACAAGUCUCCACAAUCUUGCUCAACACAAGAAAAUACCUUGUCAGCUUCGUGUCAGUACUCAGGCCAAAGAUGAGCCGUCACCAAAUUCUGGUAUGCCAUUUUUGAUUGCUCAUCUUAGUUUAUGAUAACCCAAAGGUUAAAUCUGAGUAAUCAUUUUUAAAUCUUAUGGAAUUUUUUUUUAUUUGCCAAGUGUUUUUAAGAACCAUAAUGAAAAAAUUUUGUCCAUGAAAGAUCUGAGGAAGAGGCAGUUGAAAGGGAUUUGUGAAUCUUAUUAUUUGGGUGUCAUUUUCUUAACAUCCUACUGAAAUGAGUUUACAUUUGAAUACCAAAAAAGAAUUCAAUUAAAAUAAGAAAUAUACUUGAGACUUGAGACUAGAGAUUGAUCAUCAGCUAGAAUAACUUUUAAAAAUUUGUAUGAAUAAUUAUAAAUUUGUGUUUAACCUCAACCUUUUAUUUGUCAGGAACUAAUGAACCCGUCAUUCUUUUGUGUGCCACGUGUGACACCCAGUUUAACACUGCCUGGGCUCUAUGCUUACAUUGUACAGAGGAGCAUCAAAUGAGCAUUUAUAAAAAAGAGGUUCGUCUGAAUUGCAAGCAAAAUAAGGUCCAUGAACUGCCGUUUCACAAAAGUAAAGCAAGUAGGGUGUCAAAGCUUUGGGCAGGACUUUUAAUUUCCACUGGCUUUUCUAAGUUUUUAUUUUAGAUUAAAACAUAAAGUUUUUGAGGUUCAUUGAUUAAUAAUUGUUCAUUUUUAAAUUUUAUUCAUAUGUACAUUGUGAGUAUGGCAAUGACUUAUGUCGAAAUUCGUUUAUCUAAUGUUAAAAUGAUUUUUUGAGUUUCAUUAAAUAUUUACUUUAAUAGUUUUGUUCACUUUAACGUCAUUCUCAACAAUUAAAAUUUUGUGGAAUAACCAAGGUGGGAAAAAAAGAUUGUGAAGUUUUUUCGUGGCAAAAUAUGCAAUAAGGAGAAAAGAAACAUUCUUCAAUGUUAUUGUUUUAAAUGUUACACAAACACUAUAUAUAUAUAUAUAUAUAUAUCAAUAUUGCAUCUUUUAAACUUGUUUACAGGAGGACCUUAAUGCAAAGGACAAGGACAAUAAAGUUGAUGUAAGUGUAAUUCAUGAGGAAGAAAGAUGUUUCAAGUGAAUAUGAAUACAUGUAACCAGUGGCGUGGCUAGGGUUAGUGCGACCCAUGAUGGUCAAAGCAUUUUGCCGCCCCCCUCCAAAAUGUAAAAAAAAAAGGCAUUUGACUGAAAUUGGGACCCUAAGUAUAGAGGUAUAAAGUGCCACCUGGAGUGCACUGUAUCCCCUUUCAUAUGCCAUUGCAUGUUACAUUCUAGUACGGUACCGGUAAUUGAAAAAUCAUACUGAUGGAUAUUUAAAAAAAAUAAAAUUAUUACAUACAGUUGAUAAAGUGACAUUUCUAAACAUUGAUCAAUAUAUAGCGGGACUUGUAAACUUUGACCAACAUGUAGCAGCACUGCUAAACUUUGACCAACAUAUAGAGACAUUGCUAAAUUUUGACCAACAUUACAGACAGUGCUAAACUUUGACCAAUAUAUUGGGACACUGCUAAACUUGACCAACAUAUUUGGAUAGUGCUAAACUUUGACCAACAUAACAGCACUGUUAAACUUUGACCAACACAUGGGGGUAUUGCUAAACUUUGAUCACCAUGUAGCAGUACUGCUUAACUUUGACCAACAUAACAGUACUGCUAAACUUUGACCAACACAUAGGGAUAUUGCUAAACUUUGACCAACAUAUAAGUACAUUGCUAAACUUUGUCCAUAUAUAGCGGCACUGAUAAACUUUGACCAACUUAUAGUGGCACUGCUACACUUUUACCAACAUAUAGGGACAUUGCUAAACUUUGACCACCAUGUAGCAGUACUGCUAAACUUUGACCAACACAUAGGGAUAUUGCUAAGCUUUGACCAACACAUAGGGAUAUUGCUUAACUUUGACCACCAUAUAGUGGCACUGCUAAACUUUGACCAACACAUAGGGACAUUGCAAAACUUUGACUAACAUAUAAGGACAUUGCUAAACUUGACCAACUUAGGGAUACCAGGUAGUGUUAAGGGGUUAGGCGCCCGAAAAUAACUAAAAUUUUCAAAAAUUGUCCAUUUUUUUAUUUUUUCAUUUUUACGAAGAUAAACAUUCUUAGAAUCGAUUACAUAUCAAUUGAUACUACUUUUUAAAAGAUUUGUUGUGAAACAACUGAUAUUUAACACCCCUCCCCACUCUAAAAAUUGACCUAAUUUUGGAAAUAAAAUAAAAUUCAUACAUAUCCCAUGUUUGAGACCUCAAAAAACUAGUUUUAAAUAACAUAAUGUGCUAUUAUUAUAUAUCAACGUAAAGGUAAAUUCAAGCAGUUUUUUUUAUUUUUAGAAUCGAAGUCAGUAAAUAUAAUUGCUACAAAUAAUCGGAUCCACAAGCGAAGUGUGUGUAGGAUUUUCUUCACUUCUAUUUAUAUAAUUAUUUUACCGAUUUUCAUUGGUCCGAACCGAGGGUAACCAAGAUACCGUUGACUCGCGCAUGCGCAAAUGCGUUGUUUAUGCGUGUUUACCGGAUCAUGGUUCUGUGUACAGAACGACAUUUUGCAAACGAAAGCAUCAGCAUAUUUUGAUUUUAAAAUACACGUUUACAACCUUACCCAUUCGGUAAAAGCCAGAAAUUCAAGGUAAGUAUACUAAAAAAAUGACCUUAAUUUAGCAACAUGCAAUCGGUGAUAGUUGAAAUUAUUCAGUUCGGACGUCAGUACUGUCACUGUGUUGCCUUGAUGAUUGAUCGUGCGUGUGGAUUGUUUGUGAGUUUAUGUUUAGCUUAUGCCUUAUGCGGAGAAUUACAUAAGUUUCUACUAUUAGUCUUUAUAUUUACCAAUCAAGUGAAUUGUUAAAUUAUAUGAAUCCUAAGCCUAUUUAUUUAUAGUUGUCUAACAAAACAACAUUGAUAAAUAAUCGAGUAGUUCAAAGUAAUAGUAUCUAAGACUAAGACUAAGGCUAGGACUAAAACAACAACGCAAUAUGCCGUAAUACUACUAUAAUUAUGGCAUGGUAUUAGCAUUAGCAGUAUGGGGAAAAUAAUUCGUAUUAGAAUCUUUUAACUCAAAUAGUUUAAUCUUAGCCUUAUUCAUUUUUUUUAUCUGCAUACAAUUAUUAAUAGUAAUAGCUAAUUAGUUUUAUAUUAUUCCUUAUUUAUAAGAUCAGUUCAAUUGACUAAUAAUAGUAAUUAUAAUAAAAUAAGUAUUUAGUUUAGCAAUCCUAAACAUCUAAAUAAUACUAAUAGGCUUAUUGAGAUCAUUUUCAAUAUAUUAUUUGCUAAAUAAUGUUUAUAUAAUUUUUUAAUUCCAUUCCAGCCCCCAAUUAGUUCUACCGAGCCGAGCAAAAGUUAAUUCUUCAGUGACAAGAAUUCUACAGAGGGACUGCUAAACAUUGAUUUCGAAAUGAUCAUAAUUCAAAGCUUUUACCAAUUUUCUUCUGUCUGCAGUGGAAUGGACGAAUUGCAGAAGCCAUAACUUACAGCUGAUUGCAAAACAAAAUAGUAAAUACUAUGAACAUAACAAUGACUAGAUUGUGAGUGGUUAGAUUGUUCAUAUCAACAACUGGAUAACCAAGUCAUUAUCAAUUAUAGACUCUAAGGCCUGAAGGACAAUGGCAUGGACUAUGAAAAGUUGCAAUCUAUGAUAUCUGCGAUAAACAAUCCAGCUGCACCGCAAAAUUUAUAACCUGCGCAAAGUAUAAAAACUGCGCUAUGCCGAAGACAUGAAACAUUUAUGAGCAAGUAUCUUCCCAAUUAUUACAUUUCUAAUAGACAAAUAACUCAUUCACCUCUGGUAUGAGGGACAUCUUUGAUGAAAGAAGUACACAGAAUAGGUACAAAAGUUUCAACAUAGCAUUGCUGCCAUGAAACUAUGCUUUAAUUUCAGUGAUGGUGACAGCAACAUAACCUUGUCAUCUAAGCAUGGUUAAAAGGAUCAUGGACAAAAGGGUUGAUUGGGGACUUUGGAUAACUUGUGUUAUAUUAUAAUGCUGAACAAAAAAUUCUAAUACAACACAAAUUAGCUUUAUUCCAGAGGAAAAAAAUUUUUUGUUUAAAAUUGUGAUUUUGACGAGAGCACCUGAUGAAGUUCAAGAAGUUAAAACCCAUGUUCCUGGUGCAUUCAACAGUUCAAUAAUAUAAGAAACCACCAUGUCCAUGUUGCUGAACAAAAAAAACUAUGUAAAAGAACUUCAUUUUCAUAUUAAACUUAAAAUUUUUCACUUUUAAAGUUUAAAAUUGAUUUUUCUCAAAAUUGUUUUUUUCUGUUGUUUUGUAACGUAGAAUUCUAAAAUCUCAGCUAAUAUACAAGCUAGAGUAAUAAAAUUUGGUGUGUAUCUUCCUUUAACUAUUUUGUGGGUAAUGAGCUAUUCAAAAAUCAAUUUGGUCAAUUACUUUUGUUAAAAUAAUUUUUUUCAUAUCCUAGGAUGGUAAAUUUUAAGCGUUUUCUGCCGAGGCAAAUUUUAAAAAUUAAAAAAAAAAAUGUUUUGAAAAGUUUUAAGGAAAUUAAACUAGCUCAGUACCUCUAAAUAUAAUUGAAGUUCAUGAAUCAAUCAAUUUUUAAGCAAUAUGUAUGUUUGUUUUUAAAAUUUUAGAACUCUACGAAUGGGUAUUAUUUUCAAGAUGGCCGCCGUUGCCAUGGCAACUAUAUAAUUUUUUUUUAUUUUAAAGCAUGAAAAUAUAUCUCCAUUCAUAGCUUAACAUGACCAUAAUAAAAUAAUUGCUCUAAGUUGGUUAAUUAAAAAAAAAAAUUUUUUGGUAGCCUGCCCCCUUAAGCUUUACCCAAUAUUUAGGGACAGCGCUAAACUUUGAUCAACAACCUCCCAGUCUUUGGGUCUGGUAGUGGGCAGGUGGAACACAAGUUAGGGAAAGUGGGGGCCUCAUUUAAAAAAGAUUUCAAUAUUUACAUUUUCUAUUUCUGAUAGUUGUCUAAGUACAAAAGAUCUGAUACCAUCACCCUAGUUCAGGUCCUUUCUUUAUCUCCCACUCAUUACCAAUUGCUAAAUAUUGUGUCUGUCCUCUUUCUCUUCUACUAUUGAAAAAAGUCUGACUCUUGAAAAUACUGUAGCAUUUAGUUAGCAGUAAAAUUUAAUAAACUAGUUUCAAGUAUGCAAAAACAUGUGAAUUCCUGGGUCAUAUGAAAUAAUUACGAUUGCAACAGACUGCUAAUAUGCUAAAUUACUUUUUAUGUACACUUGACCUCAAAGUUCAUUUAUCAUUGAUCAAAAAGGAGUUACUGUAAGUACUAAAAAAUUUAAGGUUUUUUUUCAAAUGCAAAAUAUUUUGGUGUUCCCUUAGGUAAAGAAAGAACAGACAAGUCCUGUAAAAGAUGGCAGCAAAGUGAAAGAGUCGGCCAAGUGACUUGCUGAGCUGGACUUGACAACAAGUUGACUGGGACGGGUUUUUACGAAAAUCAAAUCUAUUGUUCUGGAUCUGAUACUGAUGGCAUUUUAUGAUAAAGUAUUGACCAAACGGCUGUCUGGAUCAUUUUUUUUUAGUCUUGAGAUUAUAUUUGUCUCUGUCUAUUCAUGUUUCACUUAUAUGCAUUUCACAAUAGGUAAAGAGUGAGUGUGGUGCGAGGAUGUUGACACUGUUGGCAGAGCUUGACUUGCAGUCAAUUUAUUUUGAUUUGUAAAUCGGUUGCUUUCUAACCGAAUGGACAGUGAGGUCAUGAGAGGAAAAUACACAUUGAGAAAGGUGAAUUUUUCUAACCGAAAGGAUUUAAUAGCGACUUAAUAUGACAUAACUGUUACCAAUUUUAUCGCAGUUAGGUGCUGAUUUUUAAUAUGGAUAGUUUGAUAUUAUCAUUUUAAACUGUGCAAGGCAUUUGAAGGGAGAAAAACUACUUUAACUAUUUAAUCAA